AUGGCUCAACCUAAUGGUCUGCAGAAACAUUUGCCUGGAGUUAAGAAUGUCGGGAACAUCAAUGGCGAGAUAAAGCAAGUCAAUCCUGCACCUGGUCUUGGUAAUGAGGAGGGUUGGGAUGAAGCGCAACUAGAGAAGGGGAUGGCAUUGUUGAAGGAAAUGCACAUUCAGCUUCGCAAUUUAAGGACAUGUAUUCCUAGAAUGAUAGAGCCUUUGACUACCAUCGCGACUUCACCCGAAAGCCUGUUCCGCGAUUUCAGCGAAUCGACAAAGACUGCUAAUAAAGAGGUUAUGGAUUUCAAAACUCUAAUGUCCGACGAGGAAACCAAGAAAGUCUUUGAACAGGCUAGAAAAAGCCGUAACGCGAAUCCCGACAAUAUCAAGCCAUGGAGGGCCAUAGAUCACCCAGACUGGUUGCAGAGAGAUGUGUAG